UGGCGCGAAAAUAACCGGCGCCGGCGCCAUUCCUCUCUUCCUCCUCCCUCCGCUAACUGAAUCUCCCCCCACGUUUGUUCAUUUUAUUUAAAUUAUCAUUCCCAACUCACUGUAUUUAUCCAAAAUCUGUAUUGAAUCAGUUAUUUAAUACUACUUCAUUUAUACUUUAAUUUAUCUCUUCAUCACUGUUAUCUAAGUAACGAUCUAGAUAUCAUCUUAAUCUCUCAGAUUUUUCAUAGAAUCCAAAAGCCCCUUUUAUUUCCAGGCAAAAUAUACAGAUUUUCAGAGUGGAAAGGAUCUCCUUUAAGAAGCAUUUGUUGAAUUGUCAAUAAAUUAAUUGGGUUCGGUGAUAGCGUGUCUCCUAGUGUGGUCAUGCUUGCAAUGAGAUGAUCACAGACAUUAAUGAGGUUUAGUUUGCUCUAUUUGGAUGGAUGUAUGUGAGUCAGAGAAAGCAGUGUGGAAGCAAUCUACAACAGUGACUUUGAGGCCACCACUUGUUUCAGCUGACAACAAAAAUGGAGCCGCCACUCGUAGGUCCCGAACCAGAGAGGUUAGCUCAAGGUAUAUGUCGCCAACGCGAUCUGUCGCGGCUGCUCCAAAACGCUGCCCCUCACCAAAUGCUGGGAGGGCAUCCACUGCCUCAACCAUGCCCUUGCCAAAGAGAGCUGUAUCAGCUGACAGAAGACGCCCGACUAUACCAACAUCACCACGUAGUCCUUCUCCAUCGACACCGGUGCAGGAUACAGCUGCCGAAAAGCUCGUGACACCAAGAAAGACAUCGGUUAAUAAAUCAUCGCCAGAGUCUUUAUGGCCAUCUACAAUGAGAAGUCUCCAGGUUUCUUUGCAAUUCGAUGGUAAGAAAGAAAGCACGAUUUCUCGUAUGCCUUCAGAUCGAACUCUGAAGCCACCGUCAAAUGUAGCUCGCAAGGGAGAAACACCAUCUGCAAGGAAGCCCACACCAGAGAAGAAGAGAAGCCCUCUCAAAGGAAAGAACUCUACUGAUCUGUUGGAGAAUUCUAAACCUCUUGAUGGUUUACCAUCUUCUCUACUAGAUCAACAUCGAUGGCCGAGCAGAACGAGCGGGAGAGCAUCCUCUAUCGCUAGCAGAAGUGGUGCUACUGAAAAGGUAAACCAAACUUCUUUAUCUCAAUCUAGGAUGGCUACUACACCUUCCUUCAGGAGAUUAUCUCUGGAUGGGACAAGCAGACCUGUAAGGAAAAGUGCGAGCGAUCUUAUUAUGCCUACGUCACAUGUUGAGAUCGAAAAGCUGAUGUUUUGUGGAAGUGCAUUUUAUGAUGAUUCGCAAAAGGUGCAGAGGCCUUCCUCAUCGAGUUCAUCAGAAAGAUCAUCAUCGAUGAGUGCAGUGGCUAGGACUCAGUCAUUGCCAAUCCCCAGAUCACGCCCCUCUUCACCCUCGGUGUCCAGAGUGGUCAGUCCAUCACGAGUCACGAUUGUUCACCCGUCUUCUAGAGGUUCUAGUCCUGCUAGGAUGAGGCCAUCGAGCCCAUCCAGACAACCUCAGGAUACUUCUGUACUUAGUUUUAUCGCAGAUAUUAAGAAAGGCAAGAAAGCUGCUAUUGACAUUCAAGACGUCCAUCAGCUAAGGCUGUUGUAUAAUAGACAUUUGCAAUGGCGAUAUACAAAUGCUCGAGUUGAUGCUGCAAUGCAUUCUCAUAAAGCAAAAGCAGAGAAAAUAUUAUACAACACGUGGAUGACAAUCUUAGAUCUGUUGGAUUCAGUCAGAAAAAAAAGAUCUAAUCUCCAGCAGCUGAAGCUUAAGUUGAAGCUUUAUUCAGUUUGGGUCAAUCAAGCGAGUUGUCUUGUUGAGUGGGCUUCAAUUGAGAGGGACCAUACUAACUUAAUGACCUGGGCCAUCCACGAUUUGCAGGCUAGUACUCUCCGGAUUCCAGUUGCUGAAGGAACAAGGGUAGAUAUUAGAUCUGUAAAAGGAGCUGUAUGCUCUGCUGAUAAUGUGAUGAAGGCUAUGACAUCCUCUUUACGCCCCAUUCUCCAUCAGGUAGAGAGUAUGAACUCCUUGGUAGCGGAACUUGCUGAUGUUGCAGCACGUGAAAGAGCCGUGCUUAAUGAGUGUGAAUCACUUUUUUGUUCCAUAGCUGCUUUGCAGGUUGAAGAAGGCAGCCUGAGAAGUCAUCUUUUGCAAAUGAAGCAAUCUUGGAGAGGUGACCAACUUUCCCUAUUUUGGUACUAAGAUGAUUUCAAGUACGAUGAUGCAUGCUAACACACCUCGAUUUCGAUUUUUGUAUAUGAAAUACUGUACAACAUCAUCUCUAUCCUCCUUAGUGAAUGUAUAUCAAUGUUUCUACUUAAUAAUAUUUCUUUUAUUUUUUUUA